AUGGUGGCAUCUGGACAACGUAUAACGUUUUUAUCCGAUAACAACGAGGAACUACUUAAUAGAUUACAAAUAAUAUUAGCGGCAAUGAAGGAAGGACAUCGAUCGCACAGACAAUAUAAUGGAGUAAAUUGUAUAUUAAAAAGACUCCUAGAAAAAGAUAAUGGAGUUACAUUCAAAACCAUACGUUUACUACCAGGAAGCUACGAAUACGUAGCCAUUAACGAAUACCUAUCUGAAUAUGGAGGAAGUGCAAAUGGUAAAAACAAUAUUGAAUUCGAAGGUAAUUUGAAUGUGAACAAAAUAAGAUUGAUAUUGAGAAAUAAUAGUCAAGUUGAUUUCAACGUAGAAAAUUCAUUGAAUGCGUUACUAGGAUUUGAUAAACAAAUAUAUACGCAAUCCACUUUAGCACCACACAAAGUUAAUAUCGAGAAUGAUAUCGAUGUGAUAAAUAUACAUUGCAAUUUGAUAAACGGUGAAUUUUUCAAUAAAUACAAACGUCAGAUUAUUUACAGUCUUCCAACAUUCACUGUACCGAUAGGAUAUAGAAUUAAAGAGAAACCAUUUCAAACGACAUAUUUACCACUUAAUUCCUUUAUGAUUAAAGAUAUAAAUCUGGAAAUCAAAGGUGGUGAAAAAGGGUUUAUAGAUUUUGGUAACGAUUUAAAACAAAAAAUUUAA